AUGCCCAGAUUUGGGAGAUAUAGCAGGUCUUACAAGGUUGUCACAGUCGUAACACUUGUCGUCGUAGUGCCGGUUCCUGAUGUGUGUGUUGUGAAAGUGGUGGAGCUGCAAGAAAGCCUCACAUUUAGGAGUGACGACCGAGGCAACUGGAUUUCCCGCGGCUGCAGCAGGAGCGAGCGUUGUCGACGUAGUGUAGGCUAUUAUGACCGAAGUCGCGACUUUGCUGAUGACGCUGGUCGUUACUUUCGUGUCUGUGUGGAUUAUGGUCUCUGUGCUGAUCCCGUGUCAGCCACAACACGAGAAAAGACUGUUCGAUUUACACUUGAUGAGUAG